UUAUCUUUGCAGUUACUUUUUCCCUAAAUUGAUACCAGUUUUUCUUUAUUUUCUUCUCAAAUGUUUGAAUUCGAAAAGCUUUCGCGCAACUCAAAUUUGUAGGUUAGGUUUAAAAGUUCAAUAAGUCACAAUUUUUACCCUUUAAAAGUGUUUAUGUUCAAGCGGUUUACUGUUUUUUAAAACGAUUUUAAAAUUGCCAACGUGUCAUGGUGCGUAACAUUCCAACUAUCACCCUAAUCAAAUUAUAAUUAAAACAUUUUCAAGGAAAAGCAACAGGCUGCUUCAAACGAUCUACAGGGUCUGACCAAAAUUUUUUUAUGGAUGUUGCAGAAAUGUUGCAAUUUUAAUUGCAAUUAAUUUAAUUUAAUGAGGCCCCUAUUAGUGGACGAUUAUAAAUAUGAAGAAGAACCUGAAAGUCUUCAGAACAUUUUGAAAUUCAUAGAAAAUUCUUCCUUCCCUUUUGGCAAAGUGGAAAUCCUUGUAGGAUUGAUUUAUAUUUUGAUGCUCGAAUCUGGUUUUGUACCUCUUGGCUACAAAGAUAAUGACAAGUGUGAUUUUGAUUACCAAAGAGUUUUACAAUUAAGUCAAAGUUUACCUGUUGUACGUCGAAAUAAAAGUUAUCAUGUUACCCUUGUGUUACCGGCAUUCCCUUCAUAUGAAGUUAAACUGGCCAUUGUGAUCUUUUCAGAAGAUUUGCUCAUUAACUGCUUUGUAAAAGGUGUUGAACGUUCUUUGUUCAAUGCUUUAUUAGACCCUCUAACUUAUUUUACUUCUUCUGAUUUGUGUUUACAAAGAUACAAGUUUCAAAGUUUGAAUCACUUAUCUAGGGUUAUUAAAGAUAGAAUCUGUUUUCCUGUCAAAUACUGUAUAUUAAAGCAUCAUAACAUACUCUUUCCUUGCUUAGAGGAUCUGCCUGCAGAAAUUAUUAUUAUAAUAAUGAAAAAAUUAAAACUGUGCGAUUUGAUUAGAUUUGGAAUGACCAACAAACAUUUCUAUGGUUUAAUGACUGAGUUGCUUGAAAAAAUAGUUAAAAAAAUUCGAUAGUGAUUGGAAAUUUUUGUUUUUUAAUUUAAUUUAAGU